AGAGAGACAGAGAGAGAGAGAACGCGCUCAACGCACUAGUUUGUUGAGGUGUAUCCUGCGCGUGUGAUUUCGCCAAGGCGGAUUAAUUCGUGUUGUGUGUGCUACGGCUGCUUCUUGUCACUCAUUCUCUGAGCAGCCUCCGAGCGUACCCCGAGAGCGGCUAAGGAGCAUUUCUUAAAAAUAUAUAAUAUAUAUAUUGAGAAAAACCGAAGAAAAGACUCAGCUACCAAAAGCACUCACAGAAUUCUUCGAGGAACAUACCUUUGUAAGAGAUUGCAAUGCUUCAAACCAGGGAUCUCGUCUGGGCAUUGCUUUUCGUUGGCACUGCAGCUGCCCUGCAGGUGACCAUCACACCAGCCCUAGGGGAGAUGAGCGUGGGGGAGUCCAAGUUCUUUCUGUGUGAAGUCGUUGGCGAUGCUACCGACAUUGAUUGGUUCUUCCCGAGUGGGGAGAAAAUUUCGCCCAACCAACAGGAUGUGAUCGUCACCCGCAACGACGAGGCGUCCUCCACUCUCACCAUCUACAACGCCAACGUGGACAAAGCCGGGACCUACAAGUGUGUGGCCAAGGCCGGGGACAAGGAAUCCCAGGCGACAGUCAACGUCAAAAUCUAUCAAAAAAUCACCUUCACGAACGCGCCCUCCCGUCAGGAGUUCACGGAGGGAGACGACGCUGACAUCGUGUGCGACGUCGUCAGCUCUCCCCCUCCCACCAUCGUCUGGAAGUACAAGCGUCAGAGAGUCGAUUUCGCCAAAGACGUUCGCUACCAGGCCCUGAGCAACAACCACCUGCAGAUCCGCGGCAUCAAGAAGACGGACGAGGGGGAGUACACCUGCGAGGGCCGCAUCAUGUCCCGCGGAGAGAUCGACUUCACCGUCAUCAAGGUCACCGUCAACGUGCGCCCCAGCCUCAGGCCCAGACAGACGGAGCUGAACGCCACCGCAGACGUCGGCCAAUCGGUGAUGCUGGCCUGCGACGCCGACGGGUUCCCGGAACCCAAUGUGACCUGGGCACGCAAUAACGUCGUCCUUGAAACGGACGAUAAGUACAGCCUGAACGAAGAUGGCUCCGAGCUGAUAAUAAAAGAUGUGAAGAAAGUGGAUGAAGGAGACUACACAUGCAUCGCCAAGAACAAGGCAGGGGAGACCGAGAGAGAAAUCAGCCUGAACGUUUUCGUUCAACCCAAAAUCACCUUCCUGGAGAACCAGACGGCGUCGGAGCUGGAGGAGCAGAUCACGCUGACGUGCGAGGCGACAGGCGACCCCACCCCCAGCAUCGUGUGGAGCUACGGCCGCCACCAGUUCUCCGAGGGGGAGCAGAGCUUUGACGGAAAUGUGGUGGUGCGGAGCGACGCGCGCGUGUCCUCCCUCACGCUGAAGUACGUGCAGUUCACCGACGCCGGCCAGUACCUGUGCACCGCCCGCAACUCCAUCGGCCUGGACACGCAGGCCAUGUACCUGGAAGUGCGCUAUGCGCCCAAGAUCCAGGGCGCGGUGGCGGUGUACACCUGGGAGGGCAACCCGGCCAACAUCAGCUGCGAGGUCCUGGCCCACCCGGGCGCCAGCGUGGUCUGGUUUCGCGACGGGCAGCAGCUGCCCAGCGCCAACGCCAGCAACGUCAAGAUCCUCAGCACCCCCACCGUCAGCUACCUGGAGGUCACUCCGGAAUCGCAGGCUGACUUUGGGAGCUACAACUGCACCGCCACCAACAUGAUCGGCAUGGAGUCCAAGGAGUUCCUCCUGAUUCAAGCAGACGUCCCCUCGGCCCCGUCCAUCGAGCGCGUGGAGCCCUACUCCAGCACGGCGGUGGUGGGGUUCGAGGAGCCCGACGCCAGCGGCGGGGUGCCCAUCCUCAAGUACAAGGUCCAGUGGCGCGUGUCCCAGGAGGAGCAGUGGACAGCCAGGGAGUUCGAGGUGGAGGAGGGUAUGCAGGUGAUCUUCGUCUCCGGCCUGCGGCCCGAGACCAGCUACGUGAUGAAGAUGUCCGCCAUCAACGGCAAGGGCGAGGGGGACAGCAGCGCCCCCGAGUCCUUCAAGACCGAGCCAGUCCGGGAGCCCAACCCCCCUAAGCUGGAGGCUAAGCUGCAGUCCAACGGUAACGUUCUCAAGGUCAACUGGAUCAAGCAGGACGAUGGGGGCUCUCCCAUCAAGCACUACCUGGUCAGAUACAAGGCUAAGCACAUGAGCGACUGGAAGCAGGAGCUCCGCCUGCCCAGCGGCAGCGAGCACGUGGUGCUGAGCGGCCUGGACUGGGACACCGAGUACGAGGUGCUCGUGCAGGCCGAGAACCAGCAGGGCAAGUCCACGCCUGGCUCCAUCUUCAUCAAGACCUCUCCGGAACCCACCACCAUUCCAGCGACCCUUGGCUGCUCCUGUGUGACGUCCACUGUGGUCUCUCUCAUCCUCUGUCUGCUGACUGUGAUCGUUCUCUCAUAAACUGGGCGGGGUUCAGAGCAGGGGAGGGCCCCUGUGCCUGCUCUCUCUCUCUCUCUCGCAUCGCGGCCGGGCCACUUUGUUUUGUACGCCCUCCAACCCUUCUGUGCAGGCUAAAAGAAGCGAACCGCCAGUUUCCCCGUAAAGGUUGGGCGGUUCGGGUGGGACUGGGGGGGGGGGAGGGGAGGGGUGGAGUGCGUGGUAUUGCAUUUUUCAUUGUUAAUUCUUUUUCGUUUUUGUUGCUGUUUUUGUUUCGCAUUCGAUUAUUCAGUCCCUUAAAGGCAACAGGUUUUUUUUUUUUCCCCCAAAAUUAAAAAACGCAAGACAACACGAUAUUUUCUCUGUUACACUAUAUACUUUUAUACGCUGCAGAGCUUCUGGAACGUGUUAGGGAAUGCUGUAUGUUUCUCCACAGGCUUCCCCCAGUCCGGGUUUCUUUUGAGUGGAAGACUGUAAAGGGGAGACAGGGUCUUGGUUAAUUAUAGUGAUCUGCUGUUCCAUAUCUCGUCUCCAUCUUAAUCUAAUGCUCAGCUGUCGCAGCCUACUUACUGUUUAAAUGUAGUGUUACCGUGUGAACGACAAGAAGUAUUUUUCAGCGGAUGCAAAAAAGAUGAGGAUUCAAAUGUUUUGUUCAAGUGUACUGUACAUAAUUAUGAUAAUUUCCUUUUUCCAGAACUAAAAAACAGGCCUUUCAUUUUGUUAUUGUUUUCGCAUUUUAACCUAAAAAUAAAUGGUAUUCUCAUGUAAACGCUACAGCCGAUUAACUGAAAAAAGAAUACAAGUUAAAGGUAUCAUUUUCAAUAUUGUACUAUGCUGGUAUUCUAUAAAAUAACUUUUGUAUGUACAUGCAGUACAAGUGUGUCCCUAUAUGAUAAAUGUUUUGGAAAUUAUGAGAAUGUGAUGAUCUAGUGAUGUGACUUUUUGGGGAAGAGUAUCACUUAGAACCGUACAAAAAUAUGUCUAUGUGUGUCUGUGUGCGUGCGUGUGUGUGUGUGGGUGGAACCCCUUUCAUUUGGUUUUUCAUCCUCUGGGUUGUACAAUUCAAGAUGAUGUCAUCGUUGCUCUGUUUUGUUUUUUGUUUUUUUGGGUAGAUUCAAUGAUUGAAGUGUCUUAUGUCUCGGAAAAGCUCCCCUUAAAUGGUGGUUUAAAUCGGGGGUAAAGAGUGCUCCUGAGGGGUGAGAAAUCUAACUGGGAUUAGUGUUUGCUGAGAGUUCCCUGGUGAACCUGCACUGCCCACAUUUUUAGAUUGACUCUGAUAAUAAAGAGAUGCACCUGGAGCUCCGCUCCCGGAUUUGCAUGUGCCAAUCAAAUCGCUCGUAUCCUCCUUUCUGUCGAAUCUUUUUAAGAUACGUUAUACUGUAAUUAUCUCUGAUUAUGACAAGACAAGCAAAGCAAUUGUGUUCAGUCAGAGGUUUAAGAUGGGUGUUUUGACUGUUGUGAUUUUGCGGCAGCAUUUGAGUCACAGAUACUGUAUCUUAAGUUCAAAUCAAGGUUUAAAAGUAGUAACGAGCAUGAAGAGUGUGCAUGCAGUCAGAUUUAAAUAUUUUCAUAGCAAAGGAUUUAGGUCAUUGAUACCACCAUAAAAUUAAACUCAGGAUCCAAUGCUGUACCAUGUCCUCUUUAUUUUUUGGAAUUAUUGUGUAUUACUGUGUUUUUUUCUUUUCUAUCCCAUGGUCACCUACUGAAACUAGCCAAAAAAAGUUAAACACAUGUUGCUGAGAAUAGUGUAGAUUAAUUAGAGGCCCAAGAGGUAUGAAAUAACCUGUGUAGUGUUGGAUAAUGAAACUGUUUCCUUUCACAUUCUGAACUAAAAGGCCACAUAUCUUGCCUAUAUAGAAAUCAUAGGGUUGCUGAUUUCUGAUGAAGAAAUAAAAAUGAAUCGGUAUAGUAAUACAUGCUUAGCUCAGUAAGGUUCAGUAAGGUUCAAAGUGAUUCAAAAUGGAUUAGUAGUAUCAAUUGUUUGCAGUCGUUUUGAACCUUACUGAGUGAACAAACUUAUCAGGAACAAAAUGUAAAGUGUUUUGGUGUUAGUGGAUUUAAUUAACUUCUUGUUUAUUUUUCUAGGUGGCUGUUGUUCUUUGGUUAAUUGUUUGGUUUAAUAUGUACAUUGAUUGGGCUAUGGACGUGCCUGUGCUGGAUCCAUAGGCCUAGCUCAUGCCCAAUUAGGCUUCAUAAAUUUGCUGUACGUCAGCUCUGCUGCAUGCUGAAUACGCAAACAAGCUGAAAAAUGUGACUCAAAACAACUGGAAAUGAUUUAUUUAUCCAAAACUGGCUAAACAGUUCGGACACUUUUGAAAUGCAGCUCGUUACAGUAAUUAACAGCUGUCCUCAUUUCGUUCUCCUGCAGUUUAAUUUCAGAUAAAUAAACAAAAAUAAAAUAAAAUCGGCUGGUGGAACUGCAGCACUUCUGGUUUGUUUGUCUUAAUCGCCGCAGCGACGCUAGCAUGGUCUUGCCUUAUUCGCUUGCUUGUGGACGUUCGGAGAGCUGGCGCUGAUGCUCCUGACAGCGUUGGCUGUGCGUACGGACCUGUUCUGUCUGCGUGGCGGUGAUUUACCGCAGCUUGUUGAAAUGCAGAGGAAACAGCCGAACUCACCCCCGAGGCGGAUGGCGCAGUGCUGGCUGCUGACGGAGGUGGCGGUAGAUGCGAGCCGUCAGUCUGAUUCGUGUCGCAGAAGGCCACUUUACAACACCAGGACCUUUAGAGGGAGCGGCAGAAUUGCCGGAGAGGCUGCAGCCGGAAUAAUGAGCCGUGUUUGUGUUGUCACCGGCUAGCCUCGGUAAAGGGAAGGUCAGCCUGAUCCUCCUGGAUUACACCAGCACCCGAAAAGCAGAAACAUUCGCUUUUAAGUCAGACUGCUUUUAAGUCAGACUGCUUUUAAUCUCGGCGAAUGACCAAUAUUAAAUCACCUGCUUCUGUUGUUGGUUUGUUUUAAGGCCAGUUGUUUCUGAUAAAAUUAUGGCACCUUGUUAGGGUUGGGAAACGAGUUGGGGAGCAAUGUUGUUUUUCUUCGAAGUUUUGCAAGCAGAUACAGAAUGUAUUUUUUAAAUGAUAAUGAUAAAGAAUUUUAUAUGAUCACUGUAAAUAAGUGUUUGCUUCCAGUAGAGAUUACUUGCACAAAUUAAAUUUGUAAAAAAAAAUGUUAAGAAAAGUAAUU